GUACUCGAUAAUCAAUAUGCAUUAUCUCGAAGCUUCAAUUCCCAAGUAGCUUGUACCAUUUAAACCCACAAAACACCAUGAAAUCAUAAAACCCUUUGAUAAUCUUGUUUGGAGUUUGAACCUCACUGCUUUCUCAUCAAGAUGAUGUCCUUAACGACUCAUCCCCAUCUCAAAUUCGGUUUCUCCAUAUCUCAAAUUCAAUCCCAUAUCGAAACAUCCUCUUCGAUGAUCUUUAAAACCUCUAGAACCAGAAGAAAACUUCAAAAUUUACACACUUCAUCUUCGUUCAAUUCAUCAAACCUGAAACUACACUCUCUACGUCCAGUCGUCACCAGGGUCAGCAGCAGUAGUGACAGCGGUGGCACAUUUCACGACGACACCCCACAAAAAGUUUCCGAUGAUAUUUCUGAUUAUAAAGCGAGCAGCUCACCCAACUCUGGUGAUGGGUAUGUGGGGUUGUUUAUUCGGAUGCUAGGGUUAGAUAACGAUCUUUCAGAUAGAGAGCAAGCUGUUGAUGCAUUAUGGAAAUACUCUUUGGGUGGAAAACAGUGUGUUGAUACAAUCAUGAAAUCCAGUGGUUCUGUUUUCCUCACUGUAAAUCUUUUAAACUCAGAGUCUGAUGUUGCAUGUGAAGCAGCUGCAGGACUUUUGAGAAUGAUAUCAUCAAUUAACAUCUAUAGAGAUUUUGUAGCAGAAAGUGGAGCUAUACAAGAGAUUACUAGUCUUUUGAGAAGACCUUCAUUGACUUCUGAGAUAAAGGAGCAAAGUUUAUGUGUGUUAGCAAACCUCUCAGUUGAUGAAAAACUUAGACUCCAAAUUGCAAAUUCUGAUCUUGUUCCUUUACUUAUUAAAUUCUUGGAUGAUGAAGACAUGAAAGUUAUAGAAGCAUCUGGUGGUGUUUUGGCCAAUUUAGCAUUAAGUGUUGCUAAUCACAAAGUUAUGGUCGAGACAGGUGUCAUUCCCCCAUUGGCCAAAUUUCUAAGAACAGACAUUGAAGCAUCCAAGAUCAUUAGAAAAGAAGCACAAAGUGCAUUAUUGGAGCUUGGAAAAGAUGACUAUUACAAAAUCCUUUUAAUAGAAGAAGGUCUUGUUCUAGUUCCUUUAGUUGGUCCAGGGGCAUAUAAGUCAUUUCGCCCAUCUUUACAUUCUUGGCCUUCUCUACCCGAUGGAAGUGAGCUAAAUGUGAAACAAACUCCAAAAACUCCAUCAAGAUUCGGUGCAUCAGAAUUACUUUUAGGGUUACAUGUUGAAGAAGAUGAACAAAACUCAAAAUUAGAAGAAGCAAAAAAGAAUGCAAUAGUUGGGAGAACACAACAACAGUUUCUUGCACGUAUUGGAGCCAUAGAAACAGAAAAUGAAAAUGGUAAAUUUACGAUUUUGCCCUGGGUUGAUGGUGUGGCGCGUAUGGUUUUGAUUCUUGAAUUGGAAGAUGAAUCGGCUAUUGUGAAGGCUGCUGACGCGAUUGCUGACGUGGCGAUUAGUGAGCAUAUGAGGAGCUCUUUUAUGGAAGCAGGUGCUGUGAAGAAUUUAAUUCGGAUUAUUGAUCAUGAAAGUGAAUCUGUUAGAUCAAGUGUUGUUCGUGCUUUAGAGAGGCUUUCAAUCAGCAACGAUGUUUGCAAGAGAAUUGAAGCGGAGGGCGUUUUGGAACAUUUGAUAACAUUAUUGAAAAAUUCAGAUGCCAAUGGAGAUUUAACUUACAUGAUCUUGAAUAUUCUUGCUCGGAUUUUAGAUCCCAGCAAACAAAUGAAAUCAAAGUUUUAUGAUGCACCUGUUAAUGGAUCUAAGAAAGGAUGGAAUGAAGCAAGAUUGUCAACCAGCUUGCAAACGAUCCAAGUGGAGGAUCUUUCAGAUUCCACAUUCAUUUCACGAUUAGUUGAAAUAUUGAAGAGUUGUUCGUUUGUUUUGCAAACAAAAGCAGCUUCAAUUCUUGAAUUCUUGACAACAUUCGAGAGUUGUAGGGACAAAAUCGUCUUAUUUGAUAUCGAAUCUGCUUUGAAUUCCAUUUUCCAACACAAGUUCUUUAAUGAAAUGGAAUCCGAAAUUGAAUUUGAAGAACCUGAACUACAAACCCUAGAAACGGAAGAAGCCGGGGUGGCAGUAUCCACCGCAUCACGCCUACUCACCCGCCUUCUCGAUUCCCAACAUUUCAAAAAAACCGCAAACAUUUCCAAAUUCACAAAAUCCCUCCGCAAAAUCCUCACCUCCAAAAUCCCUCUUCAAAACAAAGAUUGGGUAGCCGCAUGCCUCAUCAAACUCUCUUCACAAAAUAAUUUACAAACUCCAAUUCCAAAUCCAAAUCCAAUCAACACCGACAUCAUAAUCCAUGAAACAAUCCCAAGACUCAUUCAACAAAUCAAGGAUUCCGAUUCCGAUCGAAUCCAAGAAGAUGCUGUUUUGGAGUUGAAUAGGAUUGUUUCGGAAGGGGUUGUGGAGUAUAAUCGAGCAGUUGCUAAUAAAGGUGGGAUUUUUGCUAUUGUGAAGGCGGUGGAAGAGGGGAAUGAUAGGGUGGUGGAAGGUGGUUUGGCGGUGCUUUAUAGUUUGGGUAUGGAGGCGGAGAACCACCCCGCCAUGGUGGCGGCCGGGCUGGUUCCCGUGUUGAGGAGGAUUGUGAUUUGUGAGAGGGUGGAAUGGGUCAAGGCUCUUCAUUUGCUUAGAAUGUUGCCUACUUGAAAUGUGGAUUUUUUUUAUUAUGUGUUUUUGUAUGUAAAACUAAUUUUUGAAAUAAUAUAUUGA